ACGGAAACCCACGGUUCCCGGGCGGGCGGCUGCCUCCCUCCCUCCUUCCCGCCCUCGCCCGGCCGAGGGCGACACCAGCCCUUCCCGGGCCCCCACACGAGCGAGGGGGCUCGCCCGGCCUGCUCGGCGGGCCCCAGACAAAGGAAGGAAACGGGGACGAACCGGGACGAGACGGUGGCGGCAGCCCCGGCUCCCCCUAGGCGAGCACGGCCGCCGCAUCUUUUUUCCCUCAGCCGGAGCCAGCUCCGGCAGAGAGCGAAGUAACCCGCGCCGCGGGUCGGAGGGCACCGAGCAAGGCCAGCGCGCGAGAGAAAAGGGAGAGGCGACGGCGGAAGGAAGAGACAGAGAGGAGCGGGACUGGUGGCUCACCAGGAUCCGCUUGAAGAGGUUGCUCUCCUUGGGCGGCAGCGGCACGGACGGCAUGGUGGUGGAAAAUUAAGAAACAAAAUGAAACCUUUCCAAAGCAUCUGUCUUGUCAAGAACCUGCUUGCCAGUCGCUACUGUCACGGUCAGCUUCACAGCUGUAUUCUCCCUCCUGUUGCAGAGAAGAUAGGUUAUGUGAUGGGACUGCAUAGCUGUGCAUUUUGGAGGCCAAAAUCCUUUUUGGACACAGCUAGAUUGCCUCUGUCUUUUAACGGCUGGCAUAGGAAAAAACAUCAGGAUUCUCAAGCACUGUGGAAGCAAGAGGCUGUGCAGAAGUAUCUGGAGACUCUAAACAAGGAGUACCAGGAGGUUAGUCAUCUGUUAAAUGCCAACUCAAUAAAUGACUCUGAGCAAAGAACCCUGAGGAGGAGAUGUGCCAACCUGGCCCCCAUUGCAGCUGCAUUUCAACAGAUCAAAGAGUCUGAAAGAGAAGUUCAGGAGUUAGAAACCAUGUGCAGAGAGCUAGACAGCAGAGAUGAGAAACAACUUCUAGAGCUUGCCCUGGAAGAGAAGGAAACUCUGGAUAAGAAAAUCAACAUGUUGUGCAGAAAGCUUUUCCAGCUCCUAGUGCCAAAGGAAAAAUACGAUGCAAGUCAUGUCAUAUUAGAAGUGACAGCUGGCAGAACAACUGGAGGAGACAUCUGCCAGCAGUUCACUAAAGAAAUGUUUGAGAUGUACCAGAACUAUGCCGACUAUAAACGCUGGACCUUUGAUGUUGUGAACUAUAUGCCGGCCGAGAUAGGUGGAUUGCAUCAUGCUGCUGCUCACAUUUCGGGAGAUGACGUCUACAGGCAUCUGAAAUACGAAGGAGGGACUCACAGGGUCCAGCGAAUCCCCGAGACGGGCAUGUCGUCAAGAAUGCAGCGCAUUCACACCGGGACAAUGUCAGUGAUUGUCCUCCCUCAGCCAGAGGAGGUUGAUGUUAAAGUGGAUCCCAAAGAUUUGCGUAUAGAUACAUUCAGGGCCAAAGGAGCAGGAGGGCAACAUGUUAACAAAACUGAUAGUGCUGUGAGGAUUGUCCACAUUCCCACAGGACUAGCAGUCGAGUGCCAGCAGGAGCGAUCACAGCAGAUGAACAAGGAAAUAGCUCUGCGGACACUGAGAGCUAAGCUGUACCAGCAGGUCAUUGAAAAACAGCUACAUCGAGAGCAAAGUGCCAGAAAACUGCAGUUGGGAACAAGAGCCCAGUCAGAGAGGAUUCGUACUUAUAACUUCACCCAGGACAGAGUCACUGACCACAGGAUCUCAUAUGACGCACGCAAUAUCAAGGAAAUUCUCAGUGGGAAGGAAGCACUGGAUAAGCUGAUCAACAGACUACUGGAGUUUGCAGAGAUGGAGGCUGUCACCGAAUACCUAGAAAAUCUGCAGGCUUUAGAAGGAGGCGGCUGCUGAAGACCAUGUGCAGAAUGAAAGCAGAGAUGUUGUGUUUGGUACCAAAAUAAAUCAGAUGUAUUUAUUAGAUGACA